AACUGCCCUUUGCUCAUGCAGAGAGACACAGGGACCUCCAAGACAGAGUCGGAUCUUAGGCUGGCUGAAAUCCAUAAGGUUAAGUGGGCAUGAGCAGCAAAAUCUUUGUAUAAUUUCUUUUAUGCUUAACCAAGAUAAUCCUUUAAGUUCAACUCCAUCAAGUUGUCUUUUUCUAGAAGGAGUUUUCAGAAGGGUGCAGGUGUUCCCUAAAAUGACUCAGACUGAAAUGAAAGAUACCUGUUCUGCUCCUUCCCCUAUCUAACAAAAUCUCCUGGUUUAUGUAUUCCCAAGUGAGAAGUCUCUGCCCCCUGAAGCAGAUCCUCCAUCAGAAAGGGGACAACACACUGAUCUUUGAAGCACAGUUUGAGAGUGUGAAUUUGCAGAAGGUGGUCAAAGUCAAUGAAUUUGAGUAGCAGCUGACCCCAUGCACUGACCUCCACACAAGCAGACGCAUACAGUGGUACUACUUCAAAUUAACGAGUACGCAGGCAGGGAUGCCGUAUCGCUUCACUAUUGUCAAUUUUACCAAGUGUAACAGCCUAUAUAAGCAUGGCUUGUGGCCACUGUUGUACUCAGAAGCCAAUGCUAAGAAACACAAGGUUGGCUGGCAAAGGGCUGGAAAUGAAAUCAAGUAUUACAAAGCCAACAGGGGCCAAGGCAGACAUCAGUAUUUCUCACUCACUUGGGCAUUCCAGUUCACUCACCAAGACACCUGCUACUUUGCCCACUGCUAUCCUUACACCUGCCAUCUCUAAAGAUCAGUGAAGCCCAAAUUCUGCAAGAUUCAUAUCUUGUGCUAUUCACUGGCAGGAAACACAGCGUAUGCUUUAACUACCACCAACCCCCCCAGAAGUGGCAAGGGCACCGGGAGGAAGGCUGUGAUACUUACCGCAAGGGUGCAUCUCGGAGAAACUAAUAGUUCCUGGGUGUCAAAGGGCUUUCUAGAUUACAUUCUUGGCAAUUCAGACAAAGCUCAACUCCUGCAGGACAAUUUUGUCUUCAGAGUGGUACCCAUGUUGAAUCCAGAUGGUGUCAUUGUGGGAGGUCACCGCUGCUCUUUAACAGGUCGGGACUUGAACCGCAAAUACAGAUCUAAUGUGAAGAAAUUUUACCCUUCUAUCUCGUAUAUCUGAAGCAUGAUCAAAAGGUAAUUAUUAAUUAUGUCUGCUCAAGUGCUACUGACCUUCAGCAUCAUAUUCAGCUACUAUAGCUUCACGUGUGGUUGUGAGAGAAAGCAGCAAGCAGAAGUACUAUAUGUGCAUCCAUGUGUCUUCCCACUCUUGCUGAGCAAGAGCUGCCCAGAUAAGUUUUCAUUCCCAGACUGCCGUUUCAGAGUACGAAAGAACAAAGGCACAGGCCGAGUGGUAGUGUGGAAGAUUAACAUCAACAACAGCUACACUUUGGAAGCCUCUGUCUGUGACUUUAAGCUGCAAAGCACCCAUUUCAAUAUGAAAGACUUGCAGUCAAUAGGACAGCAUUUCUGUGAUGCUCUUUUGAACUACUGUGUUCACAACAGGGAGGUAAGGAAAAAGGUAGUGAAACAGCAAGCCAGAGUGAACUCCAGGGUCCUGAAUUCUGAUGUGUUAGACUGAGAUUCCAGCAGCCAAACUUCUGACAGCACAGACUCCUGUGGUCUUGUUGCACACCAGCUAAUACUAGGUAUUAAGGUAUGCUAUGACUUUUUCUUGGCUAUUUUCAUGUCUGUCCUGAAUGCCACUGGGAAAGAAUUGCUAGAGUUUAACAGGCUCUAUUUGAAAGAGCUUUAGGAUUGAGUCAGUCAGAAUAGUAAUUAACAAAUCAAUAGUCUAUAGAGGUACAGUCCAAAUGAACAGUGCAGAGCAACAGUAUUAAUUUUCCUUAUAGCUUAACCCAGAUUGUCCAGAAGGUGGUGGUUUUGCUCCAAAAGAAGGAAGCCAGGCUUUCUAGCUGUCAGCUUCUGUAGUACAGCUGAGUAAGCAGGGUCAGGGGGAGGAGGAGGAGGGCACCAGCUUGAAGCACAAGAAGUAUCGUGCCCAGGUACACUGGUGUCAGCCAUACCGUGCAGUUACCCAGUUCAGUGUUCAGGAGCUGUGUUCUCCUCUCACACACGCAGACAAGCCAUCAAACUGGUGCUGUGCUGUCAGCAUCAGACUGCCCCGUUGCCUACUUCUAAGCCCACGGGCAAAUGUAGCCCCAGAUUUAACAAACCACUUUCACUGAAGGGCAAUGAGACGUUUAAUUUUCCUGAAAUCUGUAUUUACUUAUUUUGCUGAAAAGAAUGGGUUGAAACAUCAGGCUUUUUGUCCUUAUUUGCUUGGUGUUUAUUUCUUUGGUGCCUGUGAUUGCCAUAAUAUUACUCAAGAUAUUUCCUGUAGAUAAACAAAACAAACUUUGGUGAGUGUAUUACUUUUAGAACGCUUGAGGAUGAAUUUUAGCCAACAAUAACAGUUCUUAUAAAUUGUUGCUUCCUGUUUGUGACAUAAAUACAUUAAAUAAACAACAGAAAAAGGGGAAUCUAGUACCAGGGCUCUGUCCUAAGAGUGUGUAAAAUUGAAGUGACCCCUGUGACACUUUGCAAAAUAUGCAGAUAGGCAUUUCAUGUAACUGGGCUGGUCAACAAAUUGCAUGAUUUUGAGUUUUAGAUCUAGUUUCAGAGAUGAGAGUUUGAAACAUGACGUAGUCAGGUAAGCUGUCAUGAAUGCACUUGUGAUGAGGGAAGCUGCCACAGAUCCCUUCAUGUGCUCUGCCCUUCCCUGGAGGCGUUUGUCCCUGGAGGGGUUAUACGGAGAACACGUGCCUGUGCAAAUUGCAACAGUUCCACCUAGUCCCACUCACCUAGAGUUAAAGCAAAGCUGCUGGGUUCUGUACUUCAGGAAGGUGAAGUCCAGAGAGACUUUCCACUCACCCAGCCCACAUGGGUGGAUGGAAAGGUCUGUGAGGAUGGUGUUGACUUUUAAUGUUUAUCCACAGCUUGAAAUUUCUUCCCCUGUUCUAUUCAGUGCUGAAGAACCAAGCAGGAAGUUCCACCACUGAUGCCAUUGUAUUUCCAGGACUAUAUUGGUUACAGGAGGGCUUCUGUAGUGAGUUGGAUGAAAAGUCUCUUUUGUACAGUACAAGGACUGGUAGCAGAGGGUUGGUGAAAGUAUGCAGGGAGGGGUGAGUUUUGAAGUAUUUUUUCCUUAAUGUAUCCUCUGUUAUGUUUGUUCUUGUAACUUUACCUUUGGGAUUGAGUUUAUUCAUAUGUGAGUAAUAAAUCCACAUGGGCACAUUUCCCAGUGCUGGAUUUAAAAAAACAAAUUAUUAAUGAAAACUUUAGAAUGAAAAUGUUAAAUGAACUCCAAAGUUAGCUAGUUAAAUCUUCUGGUUGACACCAAGAAUCCAGGGCCUUUUGGUACUUCCCAGCCCCUCAUGCUUUCUUGCCCCACCUCCUCUGGUCUGGCCAGCGGGGUGCCAGUGUGACAUGGGGCCAGCAGCUCUGAGGACUAGCAGCCUGAGAAAAAUUUGCCUAAAACUCUGAGCCUUUCUACUUCAUUUGCUAAAAAUAUCCUUGUUUGUAUUAAAACACUCACCAUGCCAGCCAGCGGGAUUGAUUUUGUUUUUUUCUGAUAGCCAUAAGCAUAAUUUUCUUGGGGUCUAUAAAUGGUACAUACAAGCAAGGCAGGCAGGUUUUGCCUCAUAUCUGUGACUAAGCUGUAUAUUGAGCAGGCUGCCACAUGACUCUCAUUCAUAACUGCUUAUUGCAAAACAUCUGUGUGUGGUAUUCAUCCCAGGGAUUGGGAUUAAAGGAUAUGUAAUGAGAUUUAUCCAGGUGACAUGGGAGAUAUGGAACCCUGUUGGAUAAUUGUGAUUUCAGGAGAAUUUCAAACUCAGAAGAAGAAUUGGAGGGGUGUAACACUGCUUUAGAUAAAGUCCAGAAAAACACAGAAGGCUACUGCAGAAAGUUAGGGUAUUGUUUCUUAUCCGUUUAGUUUAGUCUUUAAAACUGGUAGACUUGCUUAGUAAUAUACAUAAAAGAAACAUCCAAGAACAAAAAAGGGCAGGGAUGCCUUCCAGAAACACAAGAGCAUUUGUUAAAGCUUAAUUACUUUAGGAUCUGUACUAAAUAAUGGAUUAGCAUUUUCCUCAUUCUGACAGUGUUUAACAACCACUUUCUGUCCUCCCUUGUUUCCUCCUGCCACAUUCCUUGCUGUGUGUUCCUUCCCCUUACAUCCCUCUGAUGUUCGGUCCCUGCCAGUGACCUGGUUUAACACACCAAGCUGAUAGGAAAAAAAACCAGCAAAAAGAAUGAGUCGGUUUUCUUCUGUGUUAAUGAGUUAAAUCAGCUCACACAACGUUUUUUGGAGCAUCAGAGCCAGUUUAAGGGUUGGGGGAAAACACUAGCUAGGAGCAGGGACGAAAGCCCUUUGGAGAUCUCAGCAGUCUGAAACCACAGCUUUAGGUGAUUACUUGAACCUCUCUAUUUUGAGUGACUGCACUUUAGAAAUUAAUCACUAAUGUAACAAUAAAGAGAAGUCUUCUCCAGCAGAGAUCCCUCUGGGUACAGAGCCCAUCCCAUCAUAUGCCUGUCUUAGGAGAGGAUGAGCAUCUUCAGGACUCAACACAGCUUUGGCCACCUAAGAGCCUGAUUCUGUAAGGCUAUGCCUGCCAAUACCUAUAAACACCAGUGCACAUUGCAAAAUUAUUAGUUAAGUGGAACUUCACUAGGUCAUAUUCUGUAAUUUUUGUGCUGAAACACAGGCAAAGAUAUCUUUCAUGCAAUGAGAUUGUAUGAAUUGCAUUCAUGCAUCUUUCAUGCAAUUAAUUAAUGUGCUGUUGCUGGAUGUAUAGUAGGAGAAAAACACAUCAGAGUGAUACUGUUGCUAUGUAAAGAAAAUAAUAAUAGCUUAUCAAAUGAGUUUGAAAGAUCAGUACAUCACAAUUCCUGCCAGAAGUUUCUUUCUCUUGUUCUUUUUAUGAUUAUGCACAAUUUUCCCAUGUAGAUCUACUUCAGUGACUAAUUAACAUUAUUAGAUCAAAAGGCUUACCAAAAUUUCUGUUGUUGCUCUUGAUGGAAGUUCUUAAAGACAUUUGAAAAAGGUGAAUAACAAGGAAUAUCACAGGUACAGUAGAGGUUUUGACAGAAAAUCGUGCUGGAGCUGUACGUAGCCCUCAACGGCACUUUGCUGAUGUUCAGCCUAGAAAACUAUAUGACCCUCAGAUGUAAAAUAGGAGCACUGUUAUUUUUGCCUAGAGACAGCAAACUGUCAUUUGGAAAGAAGUCAUGUUAAUGUUUUGAUGGGUAAUGUUCUUUUUGUGUUCAUAAACAUUAUAAUGCUGGCUGCUAUAUUAAUGCUUUCAUUGGUUCAAUAGGUAGACCACUACUUCACGAGCUUUUAGCAUUUUAUGCCAAUCUGCCUUUUCAGAAGCCCCAACACUGGAAAAACAGAGCAGUGGCAAUUCAUACUGCUGAGAAAGCAUGGACAUCCAGGUUCCCAGACUAAAAAUAAACAAGCCAUACUGAGUAGGAAGUAAGGUCCCUUGUCAAUACGUUAUGUUUGUGUCCAGGUUUGUAAGUAUUUGCUGAACAACACAGCAUAAGGAAUUUGAUCUUGAGCAGCUUGCUUACAUGUGUUCCUUCUGGCAUUGUGAUUAUCAUGUUUAUUUGGAACUGUUUGAGGUAGUGUUUUUUUUCUUUCUAACUAUAAUAUUCCCUCAUGAAUCAAAAUGUUUACAUACUAUUUUCUGUGCAGAAAAAUACCCAAAACAUGAGGAGAACAUUUUCACAGCAUUGCUAAAGACAGAAGUCAUGAAAGCAAAAAUAUGAGCAUUUUUCAUCCCAGUAGAAACAUGUUGUGCUCUUUUUCUGACCAGAAACUGAUACAUGACAACUUAAUUCAACCACUGCAACUUUAGACAAUUUUGUCACCAGAACCUGCUGACCUUAUUGAACAAGAUUUUUGCCAAGCCCAUUAAAAUAUUUUCUGUUGUGUUUUCCAGUCCAGUAGAAUGCUGUGAAGAUAAGAGAAAGGGAAAGAUCACAGGACUUUUAAGGGAAACGGGUAAUAAUUUUUUUAAUUAACUUUGGGAUCAUUACCAAGCCCCUGCUCUGAAAUACUUGUGCUGGCAAUACUUGUAAAGCUGCAUCAUGCCCCUUCCUAACCAUUCAGUGUGUGAUUUAGUACUCAGCAUUAGCUGGCUUAGCAACUACCAUGGGAUUAAGUUUAUUAAAGGGUCAUUAUCAGUCUAGUUGGCAUAAAACCUAAUCAUUUUUAAAAGCAUCACUUCUCCAUUGUUGCUGUUCAGCAUCCUACAUAACUAUUUACAUAAUGAAAGCCUCAUUGUAGCUGACAAACACUUCAAAACUGUAGAUGAAAAUAAUGUAGUCUAAUGUUAUGCUACUACUUUCAUGAAAAGGAAUUUAACGUCAAUAUUUUUUAUAAUGCUGAGCACCCAACAGCUUGCAAAGCGAGCACAAGCUGCCAAGUUUUCUGAGCUUUUGAAAAUCAGGCCAAAUACAGAACGCCUAGCUUGCCUUCUGCUUUUUGGGGGUGGGGGGUCUCGGUGGGGGAGGGUGGUCAGGGAGGUGAGGAAGGAAGAAAGAAAGAAAAGAAAAAAAGUCGCCUUUACAAGUUAACUCUUCACUCACUAGUUAUUGAACCCUGACCAAGCUUCUCCUGUCCUAACCUCGUGCACACACUUUGAACAAGCCAUGAAGUGGCUGCCUGAUGAUACUUUUUUGUCAGUCUUUUGGAACUUAAUAAUAUAAAUAAUUUGUGUUUUCAUUCUGUUUCACAGACUUAGGACAUUGAAACUCAACAUGAGAUAUUUCAGGUACUUGACCCAGUGAAAAAAAGGUAAACAUUAUGUGUUUAUUUAAUUCUUAAAAUCCUAAUAAGCCAUAUUUUUUUUCUAUAAUCUCAAACCUCAGUAAAGAGUAUGUUCCAAAAAGAUAAUUACAGAUUUCUUUGAUUUCUUUGUGAUUUCACUCAGCCACAGCAUUUGGAAGAGUUCAUUUUUCUUUUGUUUCAGCUGUCUUCAUCACAUUAUUACACUCUGUUUUACUGAUUUGGAACAGUCUCACUGGAGAAAAACAAUCUGAGGCAAAUUCCAGACAGGUGAAAAAAUAUUUGCUUCUAUUGACAGUAGGGUUAUGUGCAUUUUUAAUAAUGUAUUCAUUUGGUCCAGAGAAACUAGAGGAGAAAAUAUUCAUUGAAGUCAAACAAGACAGACCAAAUCUUAUGGAAAAUUGGGAUCAACCAGAACUUAUUGGUUUCAAUAGAGACGAAAGAGAAUAAGUGAAUGCGGAGACUAAGAAAACAGAACUGGAGAACUUGUGUCAUUGCAAGAACUAGGAAAUCUGGGAAGGAUUUUGAUAUCACAGUGAAUAAGUAGCUCAACAUGAGUUAUCUUCAUACUGUGCCACAGGGACAAAUACAGUUCUUGCCUAUGUAAAAACAGGAGGAGGGAAAAGCUAUCUUGACUUCUUUGUAGAAUUUCUCUGAGACUAAUACUGAAUUAUUUUGACUACUUCUGGUGUCAUCAUUAUUUUAAAGAGUUUUUUAAAAAAGAAGAACAUAAAAGGGAACCCCUGCAAGUAUUUAAGAACCUCUUGUUAUGACACUUUAAAGAGUUCAGCCACUUUAUGAUGAAAUUAGACCUUAUGGGAUGACAAUUGUCUCCUAAAAUAUAAGGACAUUCUUCAGUAGAGCAGCUCAGAAUAGCAGAGAUAGCAUCAGGUAAUGAAAAGGAAAAAAAAGCAUGAGAAGCUGUGGCUGCAGCUGAUAAAAGUUUGCAUUAGAAAUAACAGAUGUAUGUUUUGACAGGGAGUCAGAACACCUAUUAGGGCAAACUCCAGAUGUAGUGGGUUUUCUGUCUCGCUUCAGUCACACAGUUUACAACAGGGUUCACAGCAAACUGAAUGAAAUUGCUAGCCUAUUUUUCAUGGUACACAAAUUAUGAGAUAAUCUGUGAUUCUUUCAGGCCUUAAAAAUCUGAUUUUCGUAAACUUACAGUUUUAGUUUUUGACAUGAAAACCAAAUGGGUUUCUUACGGGAGUGUUGAGUUUAUUGAAUUCAGGAGUUUAAGGAUAGGGUUUGGUAGAGUUUUUGGUAGGGUUUUAAUUGAAAACAUUGAUGUGGACAGAGCACUGAAAAACAACGGCAUUUGCUGUGCUUAGUGUCAAACUUUGUGGCACAGCAGAUACCUACAAAGCCGUGGGAAACAGCCCGCUAUCAAGCAUAUAAAACCAACAUCUAUGUUGGUUAAUCUAUGAGGAAAAUAGCAGAGCAGAAAUGUCCUGAAUACAAAGCUGUCAGCCCUCACCUCACAGUACCAUAAGUCAGUAUUCAUUGAUUUUAGUCAUUGUUAUUAAUUUUUAUUCCGAUAAUCACUUGUGAGCAGUGUUAAUUUCAGUACUGUGUCACUUUUAAAAACUCCUUACAGCUCAUACGUUGCCAAAAUUUUGCAAAGCUGAUAAUACAUUUCUCUUCAGUUCUGACCUGUCCUACACAGUUAAACAAGCCUCAUGAAACAUUCCAAGAAUUACAAAAAGAAAAACAAAGGAUUCUUCUAAUUGAAAGAAGAGAAUUUAAAGAUUUAAAUCUUUUCCAGAUGUCAUGUCAGCAAAUUAUAUAGAACAGUACUUCAGCUGUUAUUUUCUGCUGAGCAAAGAUCUAGAAUUCCUCAAUGAGGACCAGGUAAGAAAUAUUAAGAGUCAUACCUAUUAUCUGUGUUUUUAUAUAAACCUGUGGGUUUUACGGAUUCAUGGGGAGCUAUCACAGAUCAGUUAAAGAGAGGAAUGUGAGAACAUGUUACUUAUUCUCUGCCUACAUAAGUAAUACUGGAAUUAAUUCUCAGGAUGAUCCUUCUUCAUGUGAUUUUCACUCUUUUGAUCUUGAAAAACUAAGAGUGUCAUGCUGUAGCGGUAUGUUUUAGUAACAACUUUGUGCUUGGUUCUGAAUUCCUGUCUUUUUUCUUCCUCAGGCACGCACCCAGAGCUAUUCUGCCUUACGACUACUUUGGUUUUGUCUUAGAGAGCUUAACCAGAAAAAUAAUCCAAAACCAUAGUGGCAUGGUAGCUGGAAAACUAAGACAGAUACUUGGUUUGUGAAAGGAUUUGCAAGAAGGAUGUGCCUGUGAUAGGAGAGGACUGGAUUCACUGAUUGAGGGGAUCCUGUGUUCUUAAUGUGUGGGGUUUUUUAACCUACAGAAAUAUAACCGGCGAGUUUCCCUGUGUGUUGUGAUUGAGUUACGACCGUCAGGAAAUAACGCAAAACAAACAAAAUAGCAAGCAGCAAAAAAGCGCGCCCUUGUUUGUUUCUCCAGGUUUGUAGACCCUUUCUCCAGCUUCUCUGAUUGGUCGCCCUUACAGCUAGCAAGCUCAGCAACAGCUGUUGAUUGGCUAAGAUGGGUGGAUGUCAUGUCCUGAGCCAGCAGCUGCCCUGUCACCGGUCUCUAGCCUCGCCUCAUAUCCUGUUUUCUCUCUUCCUUCUUGUCUCUUGAGUUCACUCGGUCAAGGUCGCAGCUUGCUCUCUCUAUGGACACAGCUCUAUCCCACCAUUGAAGCCUGAGCCGCCAGCAGCCCAGUCUGAUCCCUCAUAUUCCUCACCUGUGUUUUGCCUUCCCUACUGUAUUUUGGCCAGAUGUGUUAAAUAUUAUUAUUUACAUUCAGUAUCAACUAUAUAAAGCACCUCUUUGCUUAGAAUAAAAUGAGCUUCAAAAUGUCGUAAACAUUAUUUUUGUCCAAGGGAUACGGCUCCCCACACACUGGCAGACCUAGUUCCUCUCACCAGUUGGACACAGACCUUACCCAGUGGUUUCCUGCCUCCCCACACCCUGCAGGUGAGCUGUUUGCUGUGCAGCACUGCAGUGAGCAGCAGCCAACCUGGCCCAUGUCUGGCUGGUAAGAUGCACCUCCUGGAUCAGGUCAUGCCAAAAGGGAGGCCAGGGACCCGGGCUGCAGCAGGGAUUUUGCCGCUUGAGGAGAUGUGGUCUCCACCUGCCAUCAGUGCCAGGGCCAUGCCUGUCACACCAGCCGACGUGCUGAGAUCUGUGUCUUCAGAGUGAAGAUAUGAGU